AAUACCACCAUCGGAGUAAAGUCCGCAAGAAAAUGUAUUGUGAAGUACAUCAUCUGGUUAUGCAUAAUGAUUGCAACAACCAUGACCAUGACCUUGUUGGUAGCGAACAUAAUGAAACUCCAUGAGCUGUUUAAUUCCUAUAUGUAUACAUCAAUCGCUCUUCUGUUCACUGGAGCAUUCAUCGCAGUUCUGCUGAUUUUGAUUCCGAAACUCGAGGUCAUCUUUCCACUGAACUAUAUGCUUGCUGUGCUCAGUGUAUUAACUUCAUCUUGUGGUCUCGCUGUUGCAACAUCGAAUUGCGCUUUUGUUUUUCGUGUUAUACUAUCUUCACUCUCGAGACGCUGCAAAUACAGUUUUCGGAGUACUUUUGGGUCUUGGCCUACUUUUGGCUCUAUGUCUUUCUGGACAAAGUUUAAAACUUUGUGAGGAUAAGCUGUCAAAUUAUUUUCUACCUGUUAGACUGGCUCUAAUUACCUGGUUAUUGGUAUCUCUACUAUAUCUGACCAUAUCAAUCAUCACCAAGCUUAAUUAAUGCACGUCAAACGAGACAUUUUACCAAUAAUUAUGAUACAAAUUGUGAACAAUACUCUCUUUUGUACGUCAUCUGACUAUCUGAUUGUUAAUAUUCCUCUUAUUGUAAUCGUGGUUGAAGCAAUAAAUGAG